ACCUUCGUCAUUAAUCGCAGACAUCCUCCUUCUCACCCAAGAGGCCUGUGGCACUUUCACUCACCAUGGGCUGGGUCGAAAAUACCAACCGAAAGAUCGCCCAGUCGGUCGUGGGCAAAUACUUUCGCCUGGAUGGGAGCGGUCACCGCAAGGAGCGGAAGGGCAGCUACUUCUUCACUGAACUGCGCGCGGGUCUGGCGACCUUCUUCGCCAUGGCCUACAUCAUCUCCGUCAAUGCAUCCAUUACAUCCCAGAGCGGCGGUACCUGCGUUUGCCCACCGGACAGCCCCGACCUUUGCGACAGCGAUCCUGCCUAUAUGCUAUGCGUUCAAGAAGUCAACAGGGAUCUCGUCACUGCCACGGCAGCUAUCGCGGCGUUGACUUCCUUCUGUAUGGGCUUGUUCGCCAACAUGCCUAUUGCCCUUGCGCCUGGAAUGGGCCUUAACGCGUACUUUGCAUUCACUGUUGUUGGCUACCACGGUUCCGGCAUGGUCCCUUACGAGGUUGCACUGACUGCUGUUUUUGUUGAAGGCUUCGUGUUCGUUGGAUUGACGCUUCUGGGCAUUCGACAAUGGCUUGCGAGAGCCAUUCCUGCAUCCAUCAAGCUGGCUACCGGAGUCGGCAUUGGCCUCUACCUAACGAUCAUCGGCUUGACAUACUCUGCUGGUAUUGGUCUCAUAAGGGGUGCUCAGGACACGCCUCUGGAACUGGCUGGCUGCAACCAGGCCGACUUUAAUGAAAAGGGCCUCUGCCCCAGUGCGUACAAGAUGAGGAGCCCUACCAUGUGGAUCGGCAUCUUCUGUGGCGGAAUCUUCACAGUGAUGCUCAUGAUGUACCGUGUCAAGGGUGCCAUCAUCGCCGGCAUUUUGCUGGUGUCGAUCAUCUCAUGGCCGCGUUCCACCCCCGUCACCUACUUUCCCCAUACCGAACUUGGAGACUCCGCUUUCAAUUUCUUCAAGAAGGUCGUCUACUUCCACCCCAUCUCCCGGACCUUGAACGUGUUGGACUGGACCGUCGGGGAACAUGGUGGGCAGUUUGGACUGGCAUUCAUCACUUUCCUCUACGUCGACAUUUUGGACUGCACCGGCACCCUCUAUUCCAUGGCUCGCUUCUGCGGCGCCAUUGACGAGCGCACGCAGGACUUUGAAAACUCGUCCAUCGCCUACAUGGUCGACGCCUUCGGAAUUUCGAUUGGCUCCCUAUUCGGCUCCCCUCCAGUAACCGCAUACAUCGAAUCCGGAGCCGGUAUCUCGGAGGGCGGCAAGACCGGCCUCACGGCCAUCUUCGCCGGCCUCGCCUUCUUCAUCUCCAUCUUCUUCGCCCCCAUCUUCGCCUCCAUACCGCCCUGGGCGACGGGCUGCACGCUCAUCAUCGUCGGCUCGCUCAUGGCGCAGGCGGCGAGGAAUAUCAAUUGGCGCUACAUCGGCGACGCGAUCCCCGCCUUCCUCACCAUCGCCAUCAUGCCUUUUACCUACUCCAUCGCCUACGGCCUCAUUGCGGGAAUCAUGUCGUACAUCCUCAUCAACACGCUCGUCUUCGUCAUCGAGAAGCUCUCGGGCGGCCGCAUCGUGCCGGCCAACAAGUCCGAGAAGGAUCCUUGGACGUGGCGGAUCCCUGGUGGCUUCUUUCCCCCGUGGAUGCGGCGCGUGGCGAGGGGGAAGAAGGAUUUCUGGCGCGGCGAUGACGAUGAUGAUUCGGUAGAGGGGCGUGAGGCGCAUGCCGAGGGGGAUGGGGAGAAGGAGUUUGGGGCUGUGGAUGCGGAGCCUAGCCAACCUGUUAAGGGGACAUAGUGAGGGUUCCAGAAUUGGCGAUUGUGGCGAUUGACAGGAAGAGGGGGAGUGUAUGAUUAGGAGGAUGGAACUUUCUGGGUUUUGGAUUACUGAUUUUGAGUUUGAUGGGAAUGUUUGUUGCGGGCAUAUACAUGGAUGGUUGGAUGGAUGGAUGGAUGGAUACCCCGAAGUCGUUGUUGGAUUGAGAGGGCGGGUUUGUGACAUUUUGGUUUGGUUUGGUUUGAUAUGGGAUUGGAAAUGGAAAUCUACGACGUUUUGUUCGCUGGAAUGCAUCGUUAUAUGGUGGUAGAUAGAG